CGCGCGGGCCGCCCUCCGGGGCUGGCGUGUGUAUAUUUCCAAGUGUGGGCGCGCGCUGUCUGGGCUGGGCGGGCCGCGCAGGGUUUGACUGCUCAGCGGUCCUGAGGCGAGGACGAGCAGAUAGCCCGGAGACGCGAAUGCUUCCUUCCCGGGCCGAGCCCUGAGGGAGCCUCCAGAGUGAGGCCCAGGGACGCGGCGACCGCGGAGGACCUGACUGGCCGCGGUGGCGCGGGAGGGCGCGGGGUUCCCUUCGGGGCGCAGUUCCCGCUGCCGAGGUGCGGCAGCCCGAAGGGCCGUCGAGUCUUUGUGUCCUGGGGGCGGGGUCCGGCCCCCGGGUGACAUCCCGGGGUGCCUUGGGAGGCACCCGAGGGGCCGGGGCGCGGCAGCCCCACUCCCUGUCCGAGCUCCCGGUGCAUCCCCGCCGGCCCUCGGCCUGCCCGCAACGCUUCCUGCGAGACCCCGGCGCCGGGACUGGCUAUUUUGAUGUUUGCCUGUAGCUCAUGGUUGACAGCACAGAGAGAAGAAACUUUGAGAGAAGAUGGAUGCAAAAGCUCGAAAUUGUUUGCUUCAACAUAGAGAAGCUCUGGAAAAGGACAUCAAAACAUCCUACAUCAUGGAUCACAUGAUUAGUGAUGGAGUUUUAACAAUAUCAGAGGAGGAACGAGUGAAAAAUCAGCCCAGUAAUCAUCAACGAGCAGCUACACUAAUUAAAAUGAUACUGAAUAAAGAUAAUUAUUCCUACAUAUCGUUCUACAAUGCUCUACUACAUGAAGGAUAUAAAGAUCUUGCUGCCCUUCUCCAUAGUGGCAUGCCUAUGCUUUUGUCCUCCAGUGGCAAAGAUUCAGCCGAUGGGAUAACUUCAUAUGUAAGGACAGUGCUGUGCGAAGGUGGAGUGCCACAAAGGCCAGUUGUUUUUGUUACGAGGAAGAAGCUGGUGAGCACAAUUCAGCAGAAGCUCUUGAAACUGAACGGUGAACCAGGCUGGGUCAGCAUCUAUGGCAUGGCUGGCUGCGGGAAGUCAGUGUUGGCCGCGGAAGCUGUUCGAGAUCAUUCACUCUUAGAAGGUUGUUUCCCGGGGGGUGUGCAUUGGGUGUCGGUUGGAAAACAAGACAAAUCUGGACUUCUGAUGAAACUGCAGAAUCUUUGCACACGUUUGGAUCAGGAUGAGAGUUUCUCCCAGAGGAUUCCUCUUAAUAUUGAAGAGGCCAAAGACAGACUCCGCAUUCUGAUGCUGCGCAAGCACCCAAGGUCUCUGUUGAUUUUGGAUGAUAUUUGGGAUCCUUGGGUGUUAAAAGCUUUUGACAAUCAGUGUCAGAUUCUUCUUACAACCAGAGAUAAGAGUGUUACGGAUUCAGUAAUGGGUCCUAAAUAUGUAGUCCCUGUGGAGAGUGGCCUUGGAAAAGAAAAAGGACUUGAAAUUUUAUCACUUUUUGUUAAUAAGAAGAAAGCAGAUUUGCCAGAAGAAGCUCACAGUAUUAUAAAAGAAUGCAAAGGCUCUCCUCUUGUAGUGUCCUUAAUCGGUGCAUUGCUCCGUGAUUUUCCCAACCGCUGGGAGUACUACCUCAGGCAGCUUCAGAAUAAGCAGUUUAAGAGAAUUAGGAAGUCUUCGUCUUAUGAUUACGAGGCUCUAGAUGAAGCCAUGUCUAUAAGUGUUGAAAUGCUUAGAGAAGACAUCAAAGACUAUUACACGGACCUCUCCAUCCUGCAGAAGGAUGUCAAGGUGCCUACAAAGGUGUUAUGUAUUCUGUGGGACAUGGAAACUGAAGAAGUUGAAGACAUACUGCAAGAGUUCGUUAAUAAGUCUCUAUUAUUCUGUGACCGGAACGGAAAGUCAUUUUGUUAUUAUUUACAUGAUCUUCAAGUAGAUUUUCUUACAGAGAAGAAUCGCAGCCAACUUCAGGAUCUACAUAAGAAGAUGAUCACUCAGUUCCAGAGGUACCACCAGCCUCAUACCCUAUCCCCGGAUCAGGAAGACUGCAUGUAUUGGUACAACUUUCUGGCCUAUCACAUGGCCAGUGCGAACAUGCACAAAGAACUUUGUGCUUUAAUGUUUUCUCUGGAUUGGAUUAAAGCAAAAACAGAACUUGUAGGCCCUGCUCAUUUGAUUCAUGAAUUUGUGGAAUACAGGCACAUAUUGGAUGAAAAGGAUUUCACAGUCUGUGAGAAUUUCCAGGAGUUUUUAUCUUUAAAUGGACACCUUCUUGGACGAAAGCCGUUUCCUAAUAUUGUACAGCUGGGGCUCUGUGAACCGGAAACUUCAGAAGUUUAUCAGCAAGCAAAGCUGCAGGCCAAGCAGGAGGUCGAUAACGGGAUGCUUUACCUGGAGUGGAUAAACAAAAAAACCAUCAAGAAUCUUUCUCGCUUGGUUGUCCGCCCCCAUACAGAUGCUGUUUACCAUGCGUGCUUUUCUGAGGAUGGCCAAAGAAUAGCUUCUUGUGGAGCUGAUAAAACCUUACAGGUGUUCAAAGCUGAAACAGGAGAGAAACUUCUAGAAAUCAAGGCUCAUGAAGAUGAAGUACUUUAUUGUGCAUUCUCCACGGAUGACAGAUUUAUAGCAACCUGCUCGGCAGAUAAAAAAGUGAAGAUUUGGAAUUCCGUGACUGGGGAACUUGUACAUACCUAUGAGGAACAUUCCGAGCAAGUCAAUUGCUGCUGUUUCACCAACAACAGUCAAAACCUUCUCUUAGCCACUGCGUCAAAUGACUUUUUUCUCAAACUGUGGGACCUAAAUCAAAAACAGUGUCGAAACACCAUGUUUGGCCACACAAAUUCAGUUAAUCACUGCAGCUUUUCCCCGGAUGAUGAGCUUUUGGCUAGUUGUUCAGCUGAUGGAACAUUAAAGCUCUGGGAUGUGAGAUCAGCAAAUGAGAGGAAAAGCAUUCUCGUGAAGCAGCUCUUCCCAAAUGCAGAGGACCCCCAGGAGGAAGUGGAGGUGCUAGUGACAUGCUGCUCCUGGUCUGCUGAUGGUGCCCAAGUAAUGGCAGCAGCAAGGAAUAAAAUCUUUCUUUUUGACAUUCACACCAGUGGCCUAGUUGCAGAAAUUCACACCAGCCACCAUAGUACCAUCCAGCAUUGUGAUUUCUCCCCCCAUAACCACUUGGCGGUGGUGGCCUUGUCCCAGUUCUGUGUGGAGUUGUGGAACACAGACUCGUGUGUAAAGGUGGCUGACUGCAGGGGACAUUUCAGUUGGGUUCACGGUGUGAUGUUUUCUCCUGAUGGAUCAUCGUUCUUGACAUCUUCUGAUGACCAAACAAUCAGGGUCUGGGAGACAAAGAAGGUGUGUAAAAACUCUGCUAUUGUGUUAAAGCAAGAAAUAGAUGUUGUGUUUCAAGAAAAUGAAGUGAUGGUCCUUGCAGUUGACAAUAUAAAACGUCUACAACUCAUUAAUGGAAAAACUGGUCAGACUGAUUACCUAGCUGAAGCGCAAGUUAGUUGCUGUUGCUUAAAUCCACAUCUUCAGUACAUUGCAUUUGGAGAUGAAGAUGGAGCCACUAAGGUUUUAGAACUUCUCAACCACAAAGUCUUCCAGUCCAGGACUGGGCACAAGAAAGCGGUACGGCACAUUCAGUUCACGGCUGAUGGGAAGACUCUUAUUUCGAGUUCUGAUGAUUCUGUGAUUCAGGUGUGGAAUUGGCAGUCAGAGGAGUGUGUCCUUCUCCAAGCCCAUCAGGAAACAGUGACAGACUUUAGGCUCCUAGAGAAUUCAAGACUGCUUUCGUGGUCAUUUGAUGGAACAGUGAAGAUAUGGAAUAUUAUUACUGGAAGAAUAGAAAAGGAUUUCGUCUGUCACCAGGGUACAGUACUUUCUUGUGAUAUUUCUUCUGAUGCUACCAAAUUUUCAUCUACGUCUGCUGAUAAGACUGCGAAGAUUUGGAGUUUUGAGCACCCUGCCCCUCUUCAUGAACUGAAGGGCCACAACGGCUGUGUGCGCUGCUCUGCCUUCUCUGAGGAUGGUUUGCUGUUGGCGACUGGAGACGACAAUGGAGAAGUCAGGAUAUGGAGUGUAUCAGACGGGGAGCUUCUUCAUUUGUGUGCUCCGGUUUCAGUAGAGGAAGGAGCUGCUACCCACGGAGGCUGGGUGACUGACCUUUGCUUUUCUCCAGACAGCAAAAUGCUUGUCUCUGCUGGAGGGUAUCUUAAGUGGUGGGACGUCGUCACUGGGGAGUCUGUGCAGACCUUCUACACCAACGGAACCAACCUCAAGAAGAUGUACGCGUCCCCUGACUUCAGCACCUUCGUGACUGUUGACAACCUCGGUAUUUUGUACAUUUUACAGAUUUUAGAGUGAGGAGGUUAGGCAUGAAUGUAAGUUGAAUUCUUUUAAUUUUGGAAGUUGGAAAAAAAUUACAGUGAAAUUCUUACCAAUUUUUUGUAAAGCUGUGAAUUGUUUUGCAGUGUUGUAUUCAUUGCCAAAGCAUUUGUGUUUGGCUGAAUGAGAAUGAUGGAGCUUUUCCCCCAAAUGAACACCUUUAAUCUUAUUUUUCAUUGUCAUCAUCAUUCUUAAUAAUUCAUCCUUAAGCUGCAGAUGAAAAUGUAAAUAUGCACCUUGUUAAGCUGUUGGUAAAAUUCUCUUGGUGCAUUCAGACUGCUUGACAUAAUUAGAGAAUAAGUUGAAGGAAGCCUGUAUUUUACUGUGGUCAUUAUGCAGGCGGUGCCUCAGGGCGACCGUGUCCUGUGUACUGAACUGCGCACAGCCCAGGGCUGUGGGGUUCUCCCAAAUACAGUCUGGAGCUUAUUUGCACUCUUUACAUUUGCUUAGAAACCAUCAUGUUUGUGUGUUCAGUCUGCAGCAUUUCCUUUAAUUAACUGAAUAUGUGAGCGGUGGAUUUAG